UCAGAGUGCGGAAACACAGUGUACACUGACUGCAAACACGGAAACAGAGAGACAGAGACGUCAGCUUUGUUAAAUUCCUGCUGUAAUUUAAUGAAAUAUAAGCGUGCGUGGUUAAAAGCAGACAUUUCUCGUUAGAAACGGAACCGAGCCGUGCGUUGGUACCUUUUUCUCCUGUUCUAUGGAUUUGUUGCAGCUUCUGUCAUGGGCCUGCAUCGUGUUUACAGUCGGGAUGUUCUCGACUGGACUGACCGACCUGAAGAAGAUGAGAGAAUCCAAAAGUGCUGACAAUAUCCAGUUUCUCCCUUUCCUCACCACGUGUCUUAAUAACCUUGGCUGGUUGUAUUACGGGCUUCUGAAGAGAGAUCAGACAAUCGUCCUGGUCAACAUCAUUGGAGCUCUGCUCCAGAUCCUCUACAUCAUCGUGUACAUCCACUACACAAAACAAAAGAGGGUGGUGAUGUCUCAGGCCUUAGCAGCAGGGAUGGUGCUGAUCUGCGGCUGGUUCUACUUCUCAAUGUUCCUCCCUGAGGGAGACACUCGGCUCAGCCAGCUUGGCCUCACCUGCAGCGUGGUCACAGUCAGCAUGUACCUGUCCCCGCUCACCGACCUGGUAGGAAUAGUGCGCAGUGGUGACGUGCAGUGCUUGUCCUUCCCACUGACGGUAGCCACCUUGUUCACUUCAACUUCCUGGGUCCUCUACGGCCUCCAGCUGAACGACUAUUUUAUUGUGGUCCCAAACAUGCCGGGUAUCUUCACCAGCCUCAUCAGAUUUUAUCUGUUUUGGAGAUUUGCAUCUGUCAAUCAAGGCUCCCCGUCCUAUAAGCCUAUGCAUUUAUGAGAAUAUCAGGGGUGGGGUCCAGCUAUGAAAGACGAAAAGAGAUGACAGAUCUGCUGUCUCCAUGGAGAGCUGCAGCAGAGCGCUCCCGUCACUCGUCUUGUAUUUUUAAUCAAACAGAGAGACAGAGUUACAGGAGGAGCUGUUUAUGGACGACGCCACUGGCAAAAUGGAGUUCAUGUCUUGUGUUUGUUGAUCAUUGUUUGUUAAUCAUUUGGGGGAGGUAUAUCAGUUAUUCAGUUAAAGGGACAGUUCACCCCAAAGUCAAAAAUACAUAUUUUUCCUCUUACCUGUAGCACUAUUUAUCCAUCUAGAAUGUUUUGAUGUAUGCUGCUGAGUUUUGGAGAUACAGUAUCAGCUGUAGAGAUGUCUACCAUCUCUGGAAUAUGAUAGGACUAAAUGGCAUUCUGGCUUGUGAUGCUCAAAGCACCAUUAAUAAUUAUAUCUUGUCCACGAGUAGAGUCAUGCUAGAGGUUCCAUGCUAGAAGUUCCUAGUCCCAUGAAUGUCUCAAGGUUCCUAGGUGAAAACGAGGUUGUGAUUCGUGGAAAGAGACACUGCUGUUGAGUUUUUUCCAUUUGAUUUUUAUUGCCGUCUAGUUCCAUUAUAUUCAAGAGAAGGCGGACAUCUCUUUGGCCGAUUAAAUCAAUAUAGAUGGAUAAAUAGCACUACAUAGGUAUUUUUCAUUUUGUUGUGAACUGUCCCUUUCAGAAAAAAACACUUUAAUUAUUUCGUUUCUGGAGCUAUUUGUUAGAAUUGCAACUCCCCUCCGUGUCCUUCAAGUGCCUUCUGUUGGAUCAUAUUUGCUAUUACAGAUCAAUGGCAUUUGCUGAUCACCAACAUGUGGGGAGACUUGCCAUCUGUUCACAAUCCAGUGGAUGGAUCAAAUCUUCCUCCUCUCACACGAGCCAAAGAUUUUGUGGAGCUGUUACUUGUUGGCUGCUGUUUUAAUAUUACAUAUAGUUGCCAUGGUCCCUGAUACUCAUGUAUGGAAUAAUGUAGUAAAAAGUUUCAGAUUUUGUGCCACAUCUAGAUGAGGAAAUUAGGAUUUCAUAUCUCUUUAGAGCUGGUACUAAUGUCUCUAUUGCUCGGUUACAUAUAUUUGUUCAGAAUUGUUUUUCUAUAUAUAUAUUUUUUUUUAUACAGAAUAUGUAUGUUGGCUUACGUCCAAUAUAAAAUAUUGUAUACGCAUAUGGUGAAUGCUAUUUUUAUAAGCUCUUGUAUACAAGAUUAAUUGAAUAAGAUAUUAACACGGCAGGUUUUAUUUACAGGGAUGAAUGAUGUUUACCUUCCUGGUGGCUGGUUGUCAUGGAUAACAGAGUCUUGCUUGUCCCCUCAUUAUUAUCUGUAAUAAGGACAUAUGUUAAGCAAAUUAAACAGCUGAGAGUCAGUGCUGAUUCACUACACUUCUAAAGGAUGUCAGAUCUAUCAAGGUGACCUGUGAAUAAAUUUUUACUUUAACUAUCAGUUA